GGGGGAGGCUGGGGAGGGUUGGGAGAACGCAGGGAAGUCCAGAACCUUCUGAAAUCGUCACAGCUUUGCAGGGCUAGGAGGGAGAGUGUAUUUAGAGAGGGAGAACCAGUGAUAGACAUAGAACACACAGAAACACAGAAAAGGGACGCACUCUGAGGGAGCUCACACAGGUGAGGAGGGCACAGAACCGCUUGGACAGACAGGCAGAGAGGGUUCAAUAUGUAGCACACGGGAUGAUAUCAGGGCAAAACGGGACACUGACAAUGACUGCUUCUUGUUUAACGCUUUCAGUGCUAGACGGACGAGCAACGCAAUUAUAUCUGUCCAAAAUUCCUGUCAAAUGUUUGCCAGUAUUGACACAUUGUAGCAAGCUGCAUUGCUAAUCCUCUUUGACAGCUGCACCGAAGAGGAAGAUAUUUUUUAUUUCCUGCCAAAAAACCCACCUUGGCUAAGUUUUGAUUGGGUGCUGGAGCUCAGUUUAUUGUUUUUUUUUUUUUUUUUUAACUCCUUGUGUUUAAUGAUGUAGAAAAGUUAUAAAAAUGAUGUGUACACUUCUCUGGUGAUAGAUAUGUUCCCUCAUUUUAUUGCAAAUCAUUGCUUCAGUCAUAUCCUGCUAUGAAAUAGGACAUAGAGCAGGGUUUAGGGCAUUUUAAACCUACUAUAGAAUGCUGACAGACAAGGGGUUAAUGUGUGCCACUUUUUAGAACACUGGGGGUAAGAAUUUACUGGGUAAAAGUUCUCAUGAUUUGUCUAGUUUACUGCAAAUUAAGUUUACCAGCUGGCAUUGAGAACAAUGAACUAACCAUAUCUAUUACAAUAUUAUCCAGGAAUACAAUGCAGCCAGUAUGACACUGUGCAAUAUGUUAAUACUAUAUAAUAGAAAAAUAAAUAAUGCUAAUUAAUAAUGUGGCAUAUGCAAUACUUCUAGAAUAUAGUCUCUCGGAGAUUAUACCCACUAUACCACUGCCUUUCUUAAUAGCAAACAGCAAUGCCUUGGGUCAGAUAUGUCCCCAAAAAAAUACAUUUCCAUAAAUGGCAUUUUCUCUUUCAGGUGUGUGCCCUAACAAAUACAAUGGCAGAGUUUCCUUUGGCACAAUCACUCCACCUUGUAAUACAAUAUAUUAGCUAUUUGCAUUUUAUAUAUAAUAAUAUAUUAGUAAUAAUAAGCACCGUGACUUUUGAAGCACUUGGUGAAAGACGCAGAGGAUGUGUCAAUUAAGGGAUCACAAUCAGGAGAUAUAUAUAAUGGCAAAUCAAAACAUUUUGUAUUAGUAAUGAAUGAAGGGUUUAGAAUUUCACAGUAAAUUGUUUAUUUUACAUUUUUUAACAGCACUUUUAUUAAGUAUACAUUUAUUUAUUAAAUGAAAUAUACAACAAAUGAAAAUAGGGAGUUAUUAACUAAGCUGUGUGUAAUAAGGACUUGAUAACUAAGUCUUAACUGUAUUCUGAAAUAAUCCGGCCAGAAAGAAAAUGCUCAAUAUCAGCGGAAGAGGAUAUUUACAUUUCCAUAAAUGAUUUCUCAAGACAACGUAACUUGCUGUUUAGUGAAUAAGCCUCAAAGGGCUUAUUACACCGAAUUGCAUCGAGUUAUAAAAUAAAUUCUAAAAUGCAGGCAAAAGUAGCUGGUUUGCAAAAUUGUUCAACUCUGCUGUAGUCAUAACGUGGCGAUUGUAGCUGAAAUUUUGUCAUUUGGUGAUAAUUCGGUUUUAAAUGCACUACAAUUUGAUGUUUAGUGAAUUAAUCCUUAAGAGAAGAACCGCCCCUUGUAUGAAUGAAGCAUGUGAUUUUAGAAACAGGGGAUUAAAAAAAAAUCUAAGAAAUGAAAAAUUAUAUUUGUUAAAGUUUUUUAAGAAAAUAUCAGUCCCAAUGAAUUUAUCACAUAUAAUUUCACACCAAACAUAAGCAUAAGACAGCAAUGAUUAAACAUGUCUUUAAUUAUAAAUAGCGUAACAAUUUUAAAUGCUAGUUUGCUAUCAACAGGUGCCAAGGGUGAUGAAAAGAUAACUUGAUAACUUGUGCUAGAACUACAACUCCCAUAAUGCUUUGAUGAUGGGGGGGCUCUACCCCCUGACUUUUGAUUAGAGACCAGAUUGAAUGAACAGUAUAUGACUGUGAAACUACAAAUGCAUCCAGUGCUUGUUGAUCUUUCCUAUAAUGGGGUGUGCCGAGCUUGGGAACCUAUUUUAGUAAUAUUUAUAAAGUGCCAGCACCAACAUAUUUUGUAGCGCUGUAUGAUAGUUGCUAAAACUUAGUUCUUGAUAGACUGUUGACAAUAGCCACCUGCUAUUCCCAGAUUUAGAUUUCCAGAAGAACUUUCACCUCCAAGCACUGAUAAUAUUUAGGUAAAAUAUGGAUAAAAUAUCACGUAAUUUUUUUGUUAAAAAAACACAUUAUAAGUUAUCUGUGUAACUCUUAUUGUCUGUUUAGACAUAGAAUAAUAUAAACACAAAUAUUUAAAUAAGUUAAAGCACCAUCUGGAUAAUGAUAUUGCACUCACUUGUUACAGAGCACAGUCUGAGCUCAUAUACAUGUUAUUGUGCAUCCUUUGAUUUAGUGCUUUGAAAUGGAGGAUUAGUGUUUCUGUCAUUCAUUUUAAAAGCUGUUUGUAAAAAUGUAAUCAACCCUUCAACAAAACAAAUAAAAGCAGUCAUUAUAUGGCAAAACAUGAAACUAAACUCUAUAUAGCAAUAUGGGUAUGAAUGAAAGCGCCUUCAAAUAUCUCUCAAUUCUGUUCCCCUCUCUCCCAUGGGUCUCUUUGACCUAUAUAUGCAUUUUGCAGAUUGUUUAAACAAUUACAUUAAAGGGGCUUAUUUACUAAACAUCAAACUGUAAUUCAUUGUAAAAUAAAUAGCAAAAUGUAUGCACUAAUCACUGAUUUGGAAAGGGGUUUCUAACUCCUCUUUGGUCACAGCCACUUUAUUAUGAAUUUUUAAAUUUGGUUUUCGGUUCUCUACAAUUCUGUGUUUAGAGAAUAAGCCCUAUAGUCCUCCUUUGCUUUUAUGGAGUAUAUUUUAUGUAUAUAUGGUAGACAACUCAUAUCAUAGCUAGUCAGCAUGGAAGAAACUUGUAAACAGCUCAGUGUGUAAGUGUUUAUUCACUAUGGAAUUGCAAUAUAUUUUACUAUAUUUUUCUUUUUUUGCCAAAAUAGCUCCAACUCAGCUGUAUUAAAACAUUGGCCAUUUUAAUCUUAUAUUUGCAAUUAGUUUUAGUUCCUCCCCAAUAACCAGUUUAUUCUAUACUGUACAAACUCUGAUUGCAGUGAAGGUGCAAUGUAGAUUGUUUUUGGAAUAUUAUUUGGUACUAGCUGUGUUUUCGGACCGAAAUCAAUGCAAUAUUUUAAUGAAUUAAGCACAAUGAUGACCAAAACUACCAUAUACCCUCAGUGAGCAUUUUUGUGAACCCUGAAUGCGAUUGCGGAUGUUAAAGUGUCUGUAGACAAUAAGUUUGAUGCUGAAAGUAAUUAUUGUUCUAUUAUGCAAUAUGUGUGAACUGCCUCUAGCUGUUGGUGUAUCUGACGCUCUGCUUUCCACGUUCCCGGGAGCAGCUGGAGUUAUGAAAUGAGAGAAAUGAGAGACUGUUCCAGUGACUUCUCUCUGAUCAGGCCAGCCUUCCUCCCAGCCCUGACUUUUGAAUGGCAGCCAAACAAUCGUUGUUUCUAGAACGUCCCGGCUCACUCUGUACUGUGUGUCAUGAUAAAAACCAGUCAAACAUGAACCAGUCCUCAGGCCAAAUAAUCCAGCAGCUUCUCUUAGGAAAACUCACAGGGAUUUAUAAUAGCCUCUCCUUUUACAUUUUAAUUUUUAAAAUUUAAUUUCACUGGUAUUCUAUGUAGUUUUUGCGUUUUGAAUGUAAGGGUGUGUUUGUGUGUAGUGCUAGAUUUUAAAUUCAGGUGUAUUUUUGUGUGUAGUGUUAGAACGAUGGGGUGUUUGUAUAUAAUGUUGGAGUUCGAAUGCAUGGGUGUGUUUGCAUUUACACUUCCACAUACACAGAUAUUCACACACAUUAAAGCACACACUGAUACACAUAUACAAACAUUGAUACAUAAACACAUUCACAUUCAGAUACACACUGACACACACACUGACUCCCCCUCCCCCACACAUAUACACAGACUUACACAUACACAUUGACAAACAGAUACACACACUACACAGAUACAUGCACUCACUGACACACAUUCCCUGUCGUCCUGCUGCUGGCCGUGGCUUCCCUGACGUCUGGGGCUGGCUGGAACUGGGUCCCUGCCUCUUCCCCUCUUAUCCACCAUGCACAGCCUCUCUAUAUGAAUCUGGGAGGAAGUGACUUGCAGUCGCUUCCUCCCAGCACUGGUGACUAAUGUCUUGAUGUGCUGUUGGCAUCCCUGUUCAGAAAUACCCAUCAGGUGGCCCUAAGUGCAUGGACCACUUGAUAGUGCAUGGACCAUAGUGUGCGGGGCCCUAUGCUGCUGCACUGUCUGCAGUGGCAGUAGUUCUGCCAUUGGUAAUGUGCUGUAUCUGGAAGAAUCACUGAGCUCCACAGUGAUAUAUCUCAGAGUAAUGUACAGUAUGUACCAGUGUAUUGCAGAGUUCUGCAUCAAUAAAACGUACAGUAAGGUGUGGUGUGUAUGCAUACUAAGGUAUUGGAGAAUAUCACAACUUUUUUACUCCUAGACUAGGAGAGUAUACGAUUUAUGAUAUCCUCCAGUACAGGAGGCUACCAUAAUCUUUAUUCCCCCAGUAAAGGAUAGUACCUUUAUACCCCAAGUAUAAGUGAGUACCAGAACCCUUUAUCUCCCAGUACAGGAAAGCACAGAACCUUUAUUCUGGUUUGUUAUUUUUUUUAUUAUUCAUACCAGGACACUAUGACAGUCUUUAUUCACCCCAGAGCAGAUUGUAACCAGAACUUCUUUUCUCAGUAUAAGACUGUAAUAGAACCUUUAUCCCACCAAGAGCACCACGCCCUCCCUUGCCACAAUACAUGACACUAUCAGAAAUCACUUCAUAUAAUGGAGUACAGAAGCUUUCUCACUGAAACAGAGGAGAGUACUAUAAUAAGAGAGCAUUGAACCUCCACACCUGCAAUAUAGGAGAGCAGAGAACCUCCCAUCCCCAGUAGAGGAAAGCAGAAAAUCCCUAUCUGCAAUAUAAGAGAGCACAGAACCUUACCUCCCUGAUAUUGGAGAACACUGAGCCUCUCCUUCUCCAAUAUAGGAGACCACAGAACAUCUCCUUCCCCAAUAUUGGAGAGCAUAGAACCUCUCCUUCCCCAAUAUUGGAGAGCGUAGAACCUCUCCCUCCCCAAUAUUGGAGAGCGUAGAACCUCUCCCUCCCCAAUAUUGGAGAGCACAGAACUUCCCAAUCCCCAAUAUUGGAGCGUGCAGAACCUCCCGUCCCGAUCCCCAAAAUUGGAGAGCACAGAACCUCUCCUUCUCCAAAAUAAGAGAGCGCAGAACCUCCCCAUCCCCAAUAUUGGAGAGCACAGAACGUCUCCUUCUCCAAAAUAAGAGAGCGCUGAACCUCCCCAUCCCCAAUAUUGGAGAGCACAGAACCUCUCCUUCCCCAAUAUAGGAGACAACAGAACCUCUCCUUCUCCAAAAUAAGAGAGUACAGAACCUCCCCAUCCCCAAUAUUGGAGAGCACAGAACCUAUCAUUCUCCAAAAUAAGAGAGCGCAGAACCUCCCCAUCCCCAAUAUUGGAGAGCACAGAACCUAUCAUUCUCCAAAAUAAGAGAGCGCAGAACCUCCCCAUCCCCAAGAUUGGAGAGCACAGGACCUCUCCUUCUCCAAAAUAAGAGAGAGCAGAACCUCCCCAUCCCCAAUAUUGGAGAGCACAGGACCUCUCCUUCUCCAAAAUAAGAGAGAGCAGAACCUCCCCAUCCCCAAUAUUGGAGAGCACAGAACCUCUCCUUCUCCAAAAUAAGAGAGCACAAAACCUCUCCAUCUACAAUAUUGGAGCGCACAGAACCUAUCAUUCUCCAAAAUAAGAGAGCACAGAACCUCCACAUCCCCAAUAUUGGAGAGCACAGAACCUCUCCUUCUCCAAAAUAAGAGAGCACAUAACCUCUCCUUCCCCAAUAUUGGAGACCACAGAACUUCUCCUUCUCCAAAAUAAGAGAGCUCAGAGCAUCUUUUUUUCCAGCCUGUUGGUUUUCAUUGCAGUACCAUAGCCCAAGCUCACGUAAUGACUAGUUUCAGCUGAAUAAGCAUGAUGUAGACUAAGCAUGUUAAAUUCACGGCCUGAGGGCCGCAUGCAGCCCACAAUGAAUAUCUUUGCGAUCCAGUGAGCAGCAAAUUUGAGACAUUCUUACUAAGGCAGAGUAAGAACCUGCUCUCCCCACAUUGCAGGUGCCUAUUGUGCUACAAAAUUUACCUGGCAGGGGAGGAGCGAUCCCUGGCGGCAGUAAGGGAGCUCAGUCUUCCUGUUCCUCACUGCUCCUUCACACAUGCCCUCUGUAGUGAUGCCGGGUGCUGGAAUAUGACGUCAUUCCGGCACCCGACAUCACUAAACUGCGCGCGUGAGGGAGCAGUGAAGAGCAGGAAGACUGAGCUCCCGAGAGAUCCCCACUGGACCCUCGGGAGAAGCCCCACACCAGCUCCCAAAAGUAGGGAACAAUAAAUAAAAUUAUGUUAGUGUGUGUAUGUCUGUCAGUGAGUCUGUGUCUGUCUGUCAGUGAGUGUGUCUGUCAGUGAGUGUGUGUUGGUCAGUGUUGCGAUGGCCAUGGUUGGACAUCAGAGGACCUGAAGGUGCACUGAGGCACACAACGCCAUGUCACAUUCCGGCGUGACUUAAAUGUGCUCAACCUUCACAGGUUUUCCAGGAGUAGCGGCAGGAUCCGCUUUGGCACAGGGUGCGGAAGGCACCAUUGGGGGUAUACCAGAAGCUGGACUCCAAAGUCGCAUACUGACAGCGGCAAUGUGAAUAAAGUCUGCUUGUUGGCUAAUAUUGUUUUUUUUUUUAAACAAGGCCCGGGGUUUAGUAGAGGAGGGUGCUAGGAUUUAGUAGAGGGGUUGAGGGCGACUAGGAUUUAGUAUAGAGGGGAGGACUGGGAUUUAGUAUAGAGGGGAGGACUGGGAUUUAGUAUAGAGGGGAGGACUGGGAUUUAGUACAGAGGAUGGAACUGGGGUUUAGUAGAGGGGGAUGAUGUUUUUUUUUUUUUUUUGUAUUGUACUUUUUAAAACCUACAUUUCUAUGAAAACUUAAGGUUUUUAUAUUUUUGCGCCCCACAUAAACUUAAACCUUGCCUUUGAGUUUGACAUGCUUGAUCUAGACAGUCCCAGGCAAUGCUGAUUCAGUAGGGAUUUAGAACACAAAGACAGGGGGCUUUAAAUUGGGUAUGUAAGUGAAGGGAAUCAUUGUUUUCACUGCAAAGACAGAUGCUAUUUUGCCUUUUUUGUUUAAUCUAUUGAACAUUAGCGUUCUGAAUUUCCAUCUUGAAAACCUUUUUCACUUUUAUGGAAAAGCUACCGUUAGAUAGCACAUUUUAUUUAAAAGAUUUAGGAAAUUAUAUCAGAAUGCAAUUCAGUCAUGUGAUAGCCAAGGCACACAUUGCAGAAAAGGAGAAAAAAACAGUGAGAGAGAUUCAUCAAAGAGUUGCCAAAUAUGACCUACUAAAUACACAAGAUAAUAGUAAACAGAAUUCCAUAUGUUUUCUUUAAUUUUUGUUUACAGGCAGAAUGUCUAAGGGUCCAGCAGUUGGCAUUGACCUGGGCACCACAUACUCAUGUGUGGGUGUCUUUCAACAUGGCAAGGUGGAGAUUAUUGCUAAUGACCAAGGAAAUCGCACCACUCCCAGCUAUGUGGCCUUCACAGACACAGAGAGACUCAUUGGAGAUGCGGCAAAGAACCAAGUGGCCAUGAAUCCAACCAACACUGUGUUUGGUGAGCAUAAGCCAAAAAAAAGGCAUCUUUCCAGUGGCAUUCCAUACAUCAACCAUGUCUAUCCAGGGAAAUAAAUUAGGUGAUAACACACAUCAAAAUAUGGAAAACCUGGUUCAAGUGCUUCCUUUACCACCAACCUAGAAGCAUUUAAACCAAGUAUGGUUUCCUUGUAACCCACAGGUGUAGAAGUAUUGAUGAACCCCCCCGACAUUGGCUGCUUUCUAAAUCAUUAACUUAGAGGUAAUUUUUCCCCACUUAAACAACAAUUCAAACAUCAAGAACUCCCACUUUUGGUGUAUACUAAACCUCUGAUUUACAAUUAUUAUUGUUAUUAUUUAUAAAGCGCCAACAAAUUCCGCAACGCUUUACAGUGGGUGGACGAACAAACAUGUAAUUGUAAUCAGGCAAGUUGGACACACAGGAACAGAGGGGUUGAGGGCCCUGCUCAAUGAGCUUACAUGCUAGAGGGAGUGGAGUAAAGUGACACAAAAGGUAAGGAUAGUAUUAGACUGAUGACAGUUGCAAGAGAGGAAUCAGUCGGGAGCUAUUAACAGUUUAAUUGAUACGCUUUUAUGAAGAAGUGGGUUUUUAAUAUUUAUUUUGAAGGAGUGGAGACUGGGUGAGCAUCCAAUGGAGGAUGGAAGUGAGUUCCACAGGAACGGUGCAGCCCUCGAGAAGUCUUGAUGGCGAGCAUUAGAGGUGGGAGUGCAGACAGAAUAUAGACGUCUUCAGCAGAGCGUAAGGGCCUAGAUGGGACAUACUUGUGUAUUAGGGAGGAUAGCUAGGUGGGAGCAGCAUUAUGUAGAGAUUUGAAAGCAAGAACCAGAAUUUUAAAUUGAGCCCCAUAUUUUACAGGAAACCAAUAUAGGGACUGACAGAAGGGUCAGGUGUGGGAGGUGCGGGCAGACAGGAAGAUGAGCCUCGCUGCCACAUUCAUUAUGGACUGUAACGGCGCAAGUUUGGAGCAUGUAAGACCACUGAGAAGCAGAUUACAGCAAGGCGAGAAAGGGCAGUGGAAUGGACCAGCACCUUAGUCGCAUCUGGCGUUAAGUAAGGUCGGAUGCGCGCAAUGUUUUUGAGAUGGAAGCAGCAGGAUUUCGCUAUAGACUGAACAUGAGGCGUGAAGGAGAGGUCAGAGUCAAAGAGAACACCUAGGCAGCGAGCCGGCAUGGUGGAGCUGAUGGUAGCACCAUUGACUUGGAGGGAGACAGAUACAGGAGUAGCAACACUUGAGGGAGGAAAGACCAGAAUUUCAGUUUUGGUCAAGUUGAGUUUAAGGAAGUGGGCAGCCAUCCAGUUAUCAAUAGCAGAGAGGCAGUCAGAGACACUAGUCAAGAGGGACGGGGAGAGAUCAGGAGAGGGCAGAUAGAUUUGCGUGUUAUCCACAUAGAAAUUAUAUUGGACGCCAAAGGAGCUAAUGAGUUUAUCAAAGGAAGCAGUAUAGAUGGAGAACAGUAGGGGACCAAGGACACUUGGGGACACCAACCGAGAGGAGUUGGGGAGAAGAAGCAGAGCCAGAGAAAGAAUUUAUAGUGGAGAAAGUCAUGCACACAGUGAGACUUUCUACAACAGCGUUCAGCAGUUCUGGAGCAUUUUUGGAAGUAUCGAGUCAUCUUGGUGUGCCAAGGUCGUUAUUGGGGUUGCUUGCUGCGUUUAAAUGUAGGAGGUGCCAUGAGGUGAGAGGUUGGAAUUGUAGAAGUAGGUUGCAGAGCUAGGACAGGUGAGGUUUGAGAUAGGAAAAGAAGAGUUUGGAGAUUAGUGGAGAAAUGCUCUAGGUCAAGACAUUGGAGGUUUCUGUGAGAUUGAUGUUCAGACGGUGGUGUCAAUUGGGUCUUAGGUAUGCAGAUGUCAAAAGUCAGCUGAUGGUGGUCAGAUAGAGGAAAAGGAAUAUUGGAGAGACUAGAGGCUGUACAGAGAUUGGUGAAGGCGAGAUUGGUGAAGAGUGUUUCCUGCUGUAUGGGUUGCUACAUUGGACCAUUGCAUAAGGCCAAAGGAGGAGGUUACAGAGAGCAGACGAGAGUCAUCAGUGCAGUUUGGGUUAUUGAUUGGAAUAUUGAAAUCCUCAAGUAUAAGGGAAGGAGUGCUAGAUGAGAAUAAGUGGGGAAGCCAGGAAGAAAAGUGCUCAAUUAAUAGUCUAGGAUGACCGGGGGGUAGAUGAUAGCAAUUCUUAAAGGAGUGGGUUUAAAUAGGUGGACAGUGUGAACUUCAAAAGAAGAAAAGGAUAGGGCAGGGAGAGUUAUGAUUGGUUGACAGGUACAUUGAGGGGAGAGAAUGAUACCUACACCACUGCCUUUACAGUUGAGUCUGGAAGUGUGAGAGAAUUGUAGCCCACCAAAACAUAAAGAGGCAGGAAUAGCACUAUCAGAGGGGGACAGCAAGGUCUCUGUAAGUGCAAGUAGUGUGAGUGAGUUUGAGAUGAAAAAGUUGUGUAUGGCUCUUGAUUUUAAAUUACUGCAGACGGAGCGGAGUGCACACUGAAUGUUGGUAAGUGAGGGUAAAGGGCAGGGUAUUGUGAUGAGGUUUGUGGGGUUUCUGGUUUUCUUAAUGUGUAUAGACAGGGCCGGCCUUAGGCCUUUAGGUGCCCUGUGUGAAAAAUCUUCACAGCCAUCCAUGUAUGAUGUAAUGUUUGUGUUGUCUGUGUAUGUGAUAGGUGUGAUGACUGUGUGUGCAAUGUGUUGGCUGUGUGUGAUAUUUGUAAUGGGUGUAUUAACAGUGUGUGAUAUGCGAGUAUUGGUUGUAUGUGAUCUUUGUGCUGGGUUUAUUGACUGUGUGUGAUGGGUAUUUAAUUCAGAUAAAAACAUGCAUGCAAUUAGGCCUGUGUGUGAAUGCAGGUGUAUAUUUUUGCAAAGUUAUGUGCACACAGUCCCACAGUCAGAUGCACACAGUUAUACAUAUACACUGUCAAAUCCACCACAUGCACAUAGUUGCAUGCAGAUAGUCACAUACACAGGAUCAGGCAGAAACACAACGCCACAAUUUUUUAAAUUUUUUUUUAAACCCCGGCUAGCCAUGUGUGAGCUUUGUCGGCUGCAGGAUGCCCCCUGCUCCAUGGCACCCUGCGCGGGCGCACAACUCACACACUUCUAAGGCCGGCCCUGUGUGUAGAGAAGGUUAAGGGCCCUGGAUUGGGAGAGACAUCACCAGCUGUUAGAGCCAGGAGGAGAGAAAGUGACAAGAGGUGUAAAUGGGUUUUGUAUGCGUAGGGUGUAGGAUGAGAUCAAUUGUGGGUAGGAGUGAGAGAGUAGAAAAAUGAAUGCAAGGCAUGAGAUGAGAGAGGGGGGAGUGUAGCAGAGAGGGGCAUAUGUAAAUGUGGUUAGGGGGAUGAGUGAAAUGGGUGUAAGGAGAGAUAUUUAUGUUGAGAGAGAAGGAAGAAAUAAAGAGGAGGAGAAGACAGAUCAUUGCUAAACUGGGAAAAAAUAAAUUGGGAAUAAUUGGAAUAUCAAGAUAAAUAUUAAGUAGGUAGGAUAAAUAUUAAGUUUUAAGAAAGUGCGGGAGUUUACUAAUAAGAGGCAGUGUGUACACCUGUUAUUUUUACUUAUCUAAAAUUUGGGUGUGACAGACAAUCUAUAAAUAUAAUAAUGAGGGUGGGGUGGUGAGGGGAGGGGAGGGCGGGUAUCAGACUUUCUUACAGCAGUAUUGGGGCUUGAUAGUUUCCAAAUCAGGCUGUUGAAUAAAGAUAUGAGGAUCAGAUAGGCUUGCAAUAAAGCUGAGGGAUGGAGAUAUGUAUCUAGGUACAGAGAUGAAGAGAUGGAUAUUCAAAUAAAAACAAACAUAUCAAUAAAAGAAGGGAGGGGUCAGAGGUCAAUCACAAAUCAGAGGGGCAAUAGAGGAAUGCAUAUAGGUGAAUAAAACAAUUACAUAGCAAAACUACACUUUAGCAUAAAAUACAAAAUAUAAAUACAAGAAAAUAUACAGUGUACACAGGAUAUAUAAAAUAAAAUAAAUGUACAGGGUGGUAAAAUUAAAUAUAAAUGAUGCUGUGCAGGAUUGAGUCUUAGUGUGGUCUUCCAGAAGGCUACCUUUGGUUAUUGCAACCGAUCAGCACUGACUUCCUUACAGCAGUAUUGGGGCUUGAUAGUUUCCAAAUCAGGCUUUGCUUAUUGCAGACGAUCAGCUGAUGGAGCACUGCCUUUAUUACAGCAGUAUUGGGGUUGAAUAAAGAUAUGUGAGAGUCAGAUAGGCUUGCAAUGCACCCUCUUUGGGUGCCUUUAGAAAUGACAGAAUUAAUGUAUGCAUCCCCACUUUAGGUGCCUCAGAAACAAUUAAUAUUAAAACAUGUAUUGUUCUUCUAUAUCUGGUUAACAUAAUGGAAGGACAAAGUAGCUGGAGCACAUGUUCUUAAGUGUCACCUUCUUACAUUCAGAGAGCUAAUUUCUGCAUAAAUAUGAACUACAUUUUAUCACAAAGAAUACAGUAUGAUUAUUCCUUGCAUAGUUCGCCUCACUUUCUAUGCCCGAAAUAAAAUUAGUGUAAGAGAACAUAGUAUAAAAUGUACAUUUUGUUGUGUGUUGCAAAAAAAAAAAAAAUCUCCAUAAAAAAAAAAACAUUGGAAAAGUCGUGAAAGUAAAGUAUAUUGAUAAAGUCUAACAGAAAUAAAAAAAAAUCAAGCCUAUUGCACAUUAUUCUGUGUCACACUGAUAAUUCUAUCCCAAAAUUUAGAGACAGAAACAGUUAGAAUACAGCUAAAAUAUACAAAAAAUUACAAUUUAAAGACAGAUACCAGAGUGGAAUUUUUUUUUUAAUGAAAAUAAUGUGCCAUAUUUAUAAUAAUAAAUAGCAUUAGUUACAUAUACUUCUGUGUGUUGGUAAGAAAUAGUCUUAAGAAAGACAGUUCUCCUUAAACCACAGAGGGUAGUGUGUAUUUUUAUUGAACUGCAAUAUAUGAAAUAUAUCUAUCUGAAGAUAUCUUGCUGUAAACAUUCCGGAAUAUGUUACAUAAUCCAAUAUUUUCUUACUGCAGAUGCCAAGCGCCUGAUUGGUCGUCGAUUUGAUGACCCAGUUGUGCAGUCAGACAUGAAGCACUGGCCUUUCACUGUCAUUAAUGAUGGGGGGAGGCCCAAAGUUCAGGUUGAUUACAAGGGAGAGGCUAAAACCUUCUACCCUGAGGAAAUUUCAUCCAUGGUCCUUACUAAGAUGAAGGAGAUAUCAGAAGCCUACCUGGGAAAGGUGAGAGAAUGAAGGAAUGCAGAUAUAUUUAAUAUAUAUAAAAGUUGGUGUAAAAGCAAGUUAGUUACAGGUUACAAUGAGUAGGAGUGAAUUGCCCACUGACUUCCAAAACUGAGGUGUAAAUAGCAGGGGAUUUCUUAUUUUUGCACUUGUGGGAAUCUUGUAGAACUACAGGAGGUAGAGGACCAGCAGGUAUAUAACUACAGUUACCAUGAAGCUAUCCUAGACAACACAGAGGAGGAUUUAAAGUCAGGUAUUAAACUGGCUACCAUUAUCAUGUAGUAUGGGUGAGGAUUGUAGUACCGUCACAGAUCUUCAUAGGAAGCAUUCUAUAGAUUUGUCCAGUCGAGAGCCCUCUGGUGGCAAAUUAGGUAACAACACCAAGGUAACACUAUCUCAAGUUAAAGGAUUAAUCCAAGCAUCAUAACCAAUACUGCUUAGUUGUAGCACAAAGUGGUGGGUGACUUCAGAGGAGAGUAUGAGCCUGUUAUAGCACAGAGUCAUGAGCAGCUGUAAAUGAGAGUGAUAGGUGUCAGUAGAGAAGAGUUAUGGGCGACUGUAACCCAGAGAGAUGGGUGAGUUUAUGAGUAUUUCAAAAUAUUGCCACCAGCACCAGAAUCAUGCUUUCUGGAUAAUCUUAGAUCUUAAUUGAUGGGUCAUAUUUAUAUUUACUGUAUACAGCUUCCUUGUCAUGGUCAUUUUUGAUUUGGUUUUAUUUGCAGGACAGAUAAAAAUAAUACAUAAUAAAAAAAUAAAAAUAAAGUUUAUUAACUAUAUAACUUAAAAUAUGUCUGGUAUUUCAUCCUGUAAAUAUUUUUAAUGUUCUUCCUCUUUUUCUCGUCAUUACAUCAGACAAUUAAUAAUGCAGUUGUCACUGUUCCUGCUUAUUUCAAUGAUUCGCAAAGGCAGGCAACUAAAGACGCGGGAACGAUCUCCGGACUCAAUGUGUUGCGUAUUAUUAAUGAGCCAACUGCGGCUGCUAUAGCAUAUGGGUUGGACAAAAAGGUAUGGAUGCAGGACAGUUAUUGGGUAUUAAUGCAUGAAAAAAUAUUAUAUAAAUAAUCAAAUUAAGGAUGCACUGAUAUUAAGGUAAUACUGCAUAUAAAAUAAAUUAAUAUUUAUUCCAUUUGUUUUUUUAUAGGUGGGUGGUGAGAGGAAUGUUCUGAUUUUUGAUCUGGGUGGAGGCACUUUUGAUGUUUCUAUCCUUACUAUUGAGGAUGGUAUAUUUGAAGUUAAGUCCACAGCUGGUGACACCCACCUGGGCGGGGAGGAUUUUGAUAAUCGCAUGGUCAACCAUUUUGUUGGAGAGUUUAAACGCAAGCACAAAAAAGACAUCACAGAAAAUAAACGUGCUAUCCGUCGUCUGCGUACAGCCUGUGAGAGAGCCAAGCGCACUCUCUCCUCCAGCACCCAGGCCAGCAUUGAAAUCGACUCCCUCUAUGAGGGUGCUGACUUCUACACAUCGCUAACACGAGCCCGGUUUGAGGAGCUCAAUGCAGAUCUCUUCCGUGGAACAUUGGAGCCAGUAGAGAAAGCCCUACGAGAUGCCAAGUUAGACAAGGCACAGGUCCAUGAUAUUGUUCUUGUUGGAGGCUCCACACGUAUCCCCAAGAUCCAGAAGCUCCUUCAGGACUUUUUUAAUGGAAGAGAACUGAACAAAAGCAUUAAUCCAGAUGAAGCAGUGGCCUAUGGUGCAGGUGAGCAAACAGAAAACAAAUUAAACAGUUGACCUGUUGUUUCUUUAGACAAAAGGACUGAAGUACAUUAGAGUAGUACUUCCCAUAAGACAGACACACCAAAAUUUGUACCUGGUGACACAGGAGUAGAAAUCAAAUAAUGUAAGCCUGGUUCAGCCAGGUCUUUUGCUCAUAAACAGUAUGUGUUUAUGUGUGUCAGUAAAGGAACAUUAUAGGGUCAGGAACACAAACACAAACAUGUAUUCCUGACUCUAUAGUGUUAAAACUACUAUUUAUUGCUAAAGAAAAUUAUGAUAUUGUUAAGAACCAUUAACCCUACUUACAUCUCCAAUUCUGACAGCUGUUCAGGCUGCAAUCCUGUCUGGAGAUAAAUCUGAAAAUGUGCAGGACCUACUGUUGCUGGAUGUCACCCCACUAUCUCUCGGCAUCGAGACAGCAGGAGGAGUUAUGACAGUUCUCAUCAAACGUAACACGACCAUACCCACUAAGCAAACACAGACAUUUACCACUUAUUCCGACAAUCAACCAGGUGUCCUUAUUCAGGUAAUGGGGUUAUAAUCUGAAUCUGAAAUUAAGCUAUUAUAAUCCGCACAUGGAUACCAUUAACAUGACAAGACAUGCACCAUCAGGAGCUUUUAGAAUAAGUUACAUCAAUUAAAAUAGCCUUUUAGACAUACCAAUAGUCAGGGUAGGCACAUUAAAGGAAAGCUGUAUUUUCUGGAAAGCUUCAUGAGACAGGUGCAUACAGGCAAUACCGCCUGCUUUUUCUCCUUCUUACAUUCCACCAUUGCAACAUUCAUAAAGUGUGUUAAUUAAUAAAUUAAUUAAUAUUAUUUACAUUGUGUUGUGGUGAGGCAAAUCAACCUAUUGGUUCUGCAGGUCAUGAAGGGGUGUAAAAUUAAGGUGUAAAUGUUGCUUUUGUUUCAGGACUUAUUUAAAGACCCCAAAAAACAACUGUUAUAUGCAUAUCUUACACAAAGAUACAUAUAGCCCUGUCUACUAUUGGUAUUGUCUGCAAUGACUGACUGAGGAAGCUAAAGACACAUUUGUGACUUCUCUUUCUUACAUUUGGUUAUUGACCUCACUUAUGAAACUACAUUUAUUUCAGGUGUUUGAAGGUGAAAGAGCAAUGACAAAGGACAACAACCUGCUUGGUAAAUUUGAGUUGACAGGAAUCCCGCCGGCUCCUCGUGGUGUCCCCCAGAUUGAAGUGACAUUUGACAUUGAUGCCAAUGGAAUCAUGAAUGUGUCUGCCGUCGACAAAAGCACUGGGAAGGAGAACAAGAUUACCAUUACCAAUGACAAGGGUGCGUAAAACAAACAGAUGAGGUUAAACAAAUAUUUAUGGUAUCUUAUACCAUGGAGAAAUAAUGGGAUUAAGAUUCUGGGAGAUUUAAAUUCAUCCAUUGGGAUUAUGAACUAGUGAUAUCCAGGAUUUAUAUAAUCUAUCUGAUAAAGAAUUUUUAACAUACUUAAGAGUAAGAAAUUUCUUGAAGAAAAACUCUAUUACCCAGAAUUACUUUUUAGACGACUUUAUAGCAAAUCACUACAACUCUUACUUGGUAUCUAAAGUUAUUAAAUUAAUGGACACAGUCUCAGAAGUGGUUAGACCGCCCACAGUCAUCAAAUGGGAAACUGACUUAGGGAAAACAUUUUCAGAGGAUAACUGGUUUAAUGCUAGGUCUAUAUACAUAUGGUGGGAAAGUGAAGUUCUUGAAAAGAUAAACAUUAAUCUUCACUCUUUAAUUUGGAAUGUCUUUAGAUUAAAGUUAUCCCACAGUUAUUCCUCUUCCAUAUGGAUAUGCCGAGAUUGACCAAAUCUAAAAACCUCCUUCUUAUAAAUUUUUUCUUGGCAAUUAAGAUCUCCUCAGCCAGGUAUUGGCUUAAAAUGUACACUUCUGGUUGAAGUGAAAUCAUGACCCCGUUAGAUAUGGAAAAAUAUUUUUACGUACUUAAUUCCAUGACAGAUAGAUACAAAGAUAUUUGGCAAUCCUGGAGUAAAUAUUGGAACAAUUCAGAGAUCCCGAUUAUGAGAUAAUCAACUAAAAUAAUAUACAAAGUGUCAGAAUAAAAAACGGACCCAGUAAGAGAUCAGCUUGUGAAAACCUCCCUCACCCAUAACAACCUAUUGACUCAGUGACUGAUUGACCUUGAUCCCAUGGCCAGAAAACUAUAUGUGUGUCCAUGUUAUUGAAUAAAUGCUAAGAUUAUAAACUGUAAAUUUGGUAAACCAUCAAAGAAAAAGCACGACUAUAUAUAUAUAUAUUGUAAAUUGUGGAAGUUGUAAGUGUCUAUUAGUAUUGUCAUUGUGAUAAAUGUAAUAUAUUGUUUUUUUCUCAUGUGAUAUAGAAAUGAAUACAAAUUAUUGAAAACUUCCCAAAAAAACAAAAAAAUAAAAAACCCAAAAGUUUUCCUUUAAUUUGAAUUAAUUAGUGUUUCUUAAUAUAUUGAUAGGCCGUCUAAGUAAGGAAGAUAUUGAACGUAUGGUUCAAGAAGCCGAUAGGUACAAGGCUGAAGAUGAAGCCCAGAGAGAGAAGAUCACAGCCAAGAAUUCCUUGGAAUCUUUAGCUUUCAACAUGAAGAGCACCGCCGAGGAUGAAAAGCUGAAGGACAAGAUUACUCCAGAAGAUAAACAGAAGAUCUUGGACAAGUGCAAUGAAGUAAUUUCUUGGCUGGACAGGAACCAGGUAAUGGUGGCUUUAUAAUCUUAUAUCUACUGUUAAACCUUAACAAAAGCCAAUACUAGGUAUUCAAUAAAUUUCCCGGAACAGUGGUCAGUCAUAUAUCCCUAAAGUUGCGAUAUCCCAAUUGGCAUAAAAACAGAAAAUUCUUAAACCCUGAAUAUGUCAAUCACGGUAAAUGAAGACUAGUUUGGGCAGCACUAGUUUAAGGUUUUUGGAACAAGUCUGUUAUGCUUAUUGUAGAUCAAAAUCAUUAGUACUAUCUACCACGCAAUGAAAAAAACCAGAUUGUUGAACCCCCGUAAGUUUUCUUAAGUGGAUGGAUGCUUCCAAAUACAGAUGCAGCAUAUGAUAAUAUUGGGGUAUGUAUCCAAUCUUUUCAUUCUGUUGCUCACUCGUGUUGCCUUGAAGCAGACCUUUUGCCUAACCAACCUUCACCCCUUUCCAAAAGAAAACCUUUAGAAACUGUGCUUAUUAUUAUUAGCAUUGUGAUGAUAUACACAAUUUUGUAAUUUAAAACAGAAAUAUAUAAUAUGUACGCAGCCAAUUUUUAGGACUACAUUUAUUUCCCUUAAUCUUGAGUUUCUUAUCCAUUUGAUUUAGUUUUAUACAGUUUACAUGCUCCUAUUUCUAGCUGCCUAUACUGCAUAAUAUUAUAUAAUAUAUAAUAUAUAUUGUAUAAUAUUAUACAUAUUGUAUCUCUACCAUUACUUUCCCCAAUGCAUGUUUCUGUUUUUCCCUGUUAAGAUGGCUGAGAAAGACGAAUAUGAACAUCAACAGAAGGAACUGCAAAAUGUCUGCAACCCUAUCGUUACAAAGCUCUACCAGGGGGCUGGUGGUGCCGGCAUGCCCGGUGGAAUGCCUGGAGGCUUCCCUGGAGGAGCAGGGGGCAGUGCUGCUGGUGGCUCUUCUGGACCGACUAUUGAAGAAGUCGACUAAUGUGCUGUCCAAACUUAAUAAAGCAGGCCACUUGCCACAAAGCACCUUCUAAUCUGGUACACUAUUAAAAUUCAGCAACAUAAACAUUUAUGUUGAAUGUUUUAUUUUAUAUAAUCAUUAUGCAACCCAAUGCCAUUAAGUUUUUACUGACAUUAACCAAGUAGGAAUUUUAGAUUUCGACAGCCUGCUCUCAGACACCUAACUUCUGAACUACAAUUAUGUAACAUCUAUGUUCUCUUUUCAGCAUUUAUUCUAUUGUAUCCAACACCUUUCUAUACUGAGGUCUCCUAAAUUCAGUGGUAGUUUGAUUGUAUAACCCGAGACAAGUUUGAGUAUAGUGAGACCUACUGGACAGUGACAUACACUCCAGUGUUAGAUUUACAUACCAGGCUCCUAACGAAGAAAUUCAUUGUAGUAGAAGAAAAUGUGGUAUAUGGGCAAAAAUAAUGUUGUUUUUUGGGUUCUACUAUAUAUUUCCAUGGCAGGCUAACCCUAAAAAUUUUCCCAUUUAUUUCAGAAACUGUCUAGUAUUUAUUAUGAAAAAGCCUCCAGUGGUAAGGAAUCUCAGGAAUGACCCAUGAUGUGAACUGUCUCUAAAUCUCGACACGAAAAUAUGUUAUUUCCCUGUGCAUUAGAUUAUUGUUUUAUUACAAAGGACCAGCAGAAAACAUACAUUUUAAUAGAUAGCUUGUGUGCUUUGUUAUAUUUGGACAAAUAUUGAUUAAUGAUAUUCAAUAUAUAUAAUUAUACCAAAUGACACGUGAUGACAGUUUUGAUGGGCAACAUACUUAUUCCCUUUGUUUCUUCUUAUAGUCUUAAAACGAAUAUCAGCUGGUUGCCAACAUUAUGAUAAAAGUUUUAUUCCUUCCUACAUACAAUGUAAUGUAUUGGAAAAAUGGGUCAAAAAGUAUUUUACAGUAACACAAAGGGGUAACGAUUACAAGAGCCAUAAAAUUUGACCAUACUUUUCAAGUUACUUUGUCUACCGAAAUGUAGUUUACUCAGUUACAAUUAUAUAGGCUGAAAAAAAGACUCAAAACCAUCAACAUUUCUUUCUUUCUCACAACUCUAUUUAUAUUGUCCUUCACAAAGAAGGUCAGUCUACCAACGAAUUCUCCUGUCCACCAGACAAAGCAUUUAUUUAUCUUGUCGUGUUGCAUGGGAGCUUGCUUAUUUUCAAAUCUUGUGCAAGUUCGGACCUGCCCUGCUAUCAGACUUAUAGUCAGUGUACCAACUGUACCGUUUACUAUAGAAAUAAUAAAAGACUGUAUACCAAAUA